CAGGGCUUUGACGGUUCUGGCUGAUCCACCGACUCCCUUGGAUCUUCCUCCACAGCCAGGAGGUGACCGGCGUUAAGCAUGAUCUCCUCCUCCAGGGACCUGAGGCAUAACUCAAAGUGCUCCUCCUCCUUUUCUGCGUUUCUAAAAGACCCACUGACAGUCCUCCUCACCUGAAGUCCACCCACAGCAGACCUGCAGUGAUCAGUCCCAGCCACUCACUGGCCUCCCAGUCGUUGGCCAACAUGACCGGCACAAUGAUGACCUCCCUGGUGUCUGCAUAGUUUAGCUCUUUCUUGCAGCUGCGGGACGCCUGCCCAUCGUCUUUGAGGCGGUUGUAGAUCUUUUUCACUAGAGCCUGGUCAUCCCACUGCGCUUGAAAGCACCAACGGGAUGCAUGAUGGUAACUAAGUCCUGCGGGAACAAUGAGGGCUCCACCAUGACAAUCAAGACCAUUAUAGAGCCAAAGACUGACUGUUAGUUGAAGGCUUCAUAUAAUGUGUGCAGUGAAAAGUGUAAUGUUGUUAUGAUUAUUUUGGACUAUCAGUGUGAUUCUGUGGACUUCCCAGUUACUGUUUCACCAUAUUUUCUGAGAUGUUUUGGAUUCGCUGUUGCAGAACUGAACCCUUUCAGUGUUUUGAACUUAAAUGAUAGUUCUAGUAAUGUUACUGGUAAUUCAUUUGACUUCAUUUUAGUUGGAAAAUAUAUUUACAAAGCAAAUAUUUAUACUAAUUUGUUUCAUUUGAAGUUAUGAUACGAUGAUUUCAAAGGUCACAGCAAUGCUGUAAAUGAAAUUAAUUGUAAAAAGCCAAACAGAACUUUUCAUUUCACUUCUCAUCCUCACGUGCUGUAAAUUUACAGUCUUCUCUGACUGCCAAAUUAAAAAAUAAAAAAACAAUCUGAAGAAAACUGUAAAAAAAAUAUCGCUCUUUAGAUUUGUAAUUUCUGUGUAACUUAUACAAUUUUUGAGUAGGGAACCAAAAUAAAGUAAAGUAUCUGAACUCAAAAUUGACUUAUUUGAGUUAGAGUAAAAACUCCCGUUGUGCAGUGACUGCAGUUCUGGCUUUUCACCAAUAGAGGGAGCCACCUCAACGCUAUAUGGACAUUUGUCAAACCGUAAUUAUAUUAAACCACUAAUUUAUUCGCUAUAAUUUAACAUCCGGCGUGAUAAAUCACAGAUCGUAUUAGCUGAAUUCAUUAGUUUCUCAGUUCAAUCUGCAUGAGUUGUUAUCGUAAUUUCCUCUACUUUUCUGCGCACUUUAUGAUCUUUCCAGAGGUCAAACGUACUAUGCUACCUGUCAUCACGCGGCACCGGACGUAAUCUCUCGGCCUAAUUAAAUCUUAAGCAAUCAGGGCCACAGAUGGAGCCGAUCAGCGUGGGACGCGCCUGCUGCCAGGAGGUGUGUUAAGUGCGCACAGUUGGUGCUCUGUGGUCACUCGGCGCCGUGAUGCGUGAAGAAGCGCAGGAGAUUUACGCAACCGGUUGUGCGGAUUUCUAGUCUCCACAAUCACGCAACAAACAGCUGAAAUAUCAGGAUGGAGAAUGGCUGUUUCCCUGCGCGCAAAAGCGGUACGUUCACCUGCUUUUGUUUGGAAAGGUGCUCUAAAAUGUGAUUCAGGAGUGUGACUUUGACACGUAAAUAUGUGACAAACCAAGAGCUGCAAGCCAUGUGUAAAGGCGGAAUGGCUCACAAAUAUGCCGCAACUUUGCUCCUAUGGACGCUCGUCCUGUCGCUGCUUUGCGCGCAGUCGCUCGGACAGGUGUUCAACCUGACGCUGUCUGUUAAGGAGGGCUUGCCUGCGAAAACCAUCGUUGGAGAUCUGGGUGCGGUGUUAAGCAGGCCCAGCACCGGAUUCUUUAUCUCAGAGAGCAGAGACUCUUAUGUGUUCAGAGACUUGGAAAUAGACGCAGACACGGGGAUCAUCUCCACUGCCGUGAUCCUGGACAGAGAGAGCAGAGAUAAGUAUGAAUUUGUGGCUGCCACUCUCACAGGUGAGAUGAUAAAAGUGAAAAUAGAAGUGAAAGAUGUGAACGACCACUCACCUGAGUUUCCCUCAGAGGAGGUCGACUUGGAAAUAUCAGAAAUGAGCCCCCCGGGGAGCCGAUUUCAGCUUGAAGAGGCUAAAGAUGACGACGAGGGUGAGUUUGGUACCCAGGGAUACAGGAUCACAGAGAGGGCGAUGGGGGAUUUAUUCCACCUGGAGUACCGCAGUGGAUUUGAUCACCACCCCAGCCUGGAUCUCAUCCUCACAAGCAAACUAGACAGAGAAACGCAGGACUUCUACUCCCUCACCAUUGAGGCCUUCGAUGGUGGCAUCCCAGCUAGGACGGGGACUCUUCGGGUGAACAUCCUCCUUCUGGAUGAGAAUGACAACCCUCCCGUGUUCAACCAGACUGAAUAUCACGCCUCGCUGUCCGAGGAUGCUCCGCUGAUGUCUGCUGUGUGUCAGGUGCAUGCCACUGACCUGGACCUGGGCGACAACGGCAGAAUCACUUACGAGAUCAACAGGAGGCAGAGUGACCCGACUGAGGUUUUCUCCAUCAACGAAACCAGUGGAGUGGUGUACCUCAACAAGCCGCUCGAUUAUGAGACUCAGGCUUUUCACGAGUUGAUCAUCAGCGCGAGAGAUAACGGGGCUCAGCCUGAGUACAGCAGCACUUUUGUGGGCGUGAAGGUGCUUAACGUCAACGAUAACAGACCCACCAUCAACGUGCUGUUUCUCAGUGAGACAGGAGAUGCAGUGGUGUCAGAGGCAGCAGGAGUCGGGGACUACGUCGCCCGGAUUUCAGUGUCGGAUCCUGACUUUGAGGAGGACAGGGUCACUGUCACUCUCGAGGGGGGUGAUGGGAAGUUCACCCUGAAGCACACAGAUGAUCUUCUGUAUGCUUUGUGUGUCAGUGCAGAGCUAGACAGGGAAGAAAAGGAUCUGUAUGAGUUGAAGGUGAAAGCGUCGGAUUUUGGGAGCCCGUCCUUGAGCAGUGAGAUGGUCUUCCUCCUGAGGGUGGCCGACACCAACGAUUGCCACCCAGUUUUUGAGAAGGACGUAUACGUCAUCAGCAUUGCCGAGGAUGCUCCUCAGGGGAGUUCCCUCAUCCGGAUGCAGGCCCGAGACGCAGAUGAGGGCAUCAACGCAGAUAUCAGAUACUCAAUCCUCAAGUCCAACCAGGACAGCCUGAUCAGCAUCGACCCAGACUCCGGCCUGGUCACAACCGCUGCAGCUCUGGACAGAGAGACACAGAUGCAGAUUUGGUUCCUGGUGGUGGCGGUUGAUGGAGGGGAACCGGCUCUGUCGUCCACGGCCACACUCACCUUGCUGGUGAUGGAUGUCAAUGACAACGAGCCUGUGUUCCAGCAGCAGCUCUACAACGUGUCCAUACUGGAGCACAGUGAUAUUGGGAGCUGCUUUUUGCAAGUGGUUGCCACAGAUGCAGACAGCCCUGAGUUUGGCACGCUGGUCUACUCUCUGUUUGACGACUUUGACGCACAGGACAAACACCCUCUCUUCAAAAUCCACCCGCAGACCGGAGAGCUGUGCGUCUCUCAGGACAUCGAUCGAGACUCGGGACAGACGGUCCACGAUGUUCUGAUCAAAGCUGAAGAUCCAGGAGGCCUGAGCGCUCAAACCUACGUGCACAUCGAGGUGGAGGACCUGAAUGAUAACGCUCCAGUGUUUAACCCAGACGAGUACACCGUGAGCAUCAGCAGCCACGCGCAGCCCGGCACAGAAAUCCUCAACGUUAUCGCUACAGACCGAGACUCUGGCAGGUUUGGACAAGUCACCUAUGACAUCCUCCCUGGUGACAUGUCCAGUUUGUUUGCAUUGGAUAAACAAACAGGAAUGCUCUUCCUGACCUCCACUCUGACCCACCUGGGUGCAGCCAGCGUGAAGCUCUCAAUAACAGCACAGGAUGGGGAGGGCUUGACCUCAGCCAGGCCCGCAGAGGUCACCGUCAAUGUUUUACGGAGUGCUCAGGCUCCAGCUGUGUUCCAGAGGUCGCGUUACACCUUCACAGUGCCUGAAGACGCUCCGCCAGGGACUUCUGUGGGAACAGUGGAGGCCAUAAACCCAGCAGACUCUGUUGAAUCAGUAUCCUACCGAAUCUCGUCUGGAGACCCUCAGGCUUUGUUCUCUGUUCACCCCAAGUCUGGCCAGAUCAGCAACAUCAAACCUCUGGACCAUGAGUCUCAGCCAUAUGCCCUGCUGGUCCUCCAGUCCUACACUGACAGCUCUCCAGUUUACAGCACCACACAGGUCAACAUCACUAUUGCUGACAUUAAUGAUAACGCUCCUGUUUUCCCCAAACUCAGUGACACCAUCACAGUGUCUCAAAACACACUUCCAGGAACGGUGUUGUUCAUUGCUCACGCACACGACCAUGACAGCGGUGCCAAUGGAAGGGUGCAGUAUUUCCUGAAAAGUACCAGAAACGGUACAUUUGUUGUCGACCCCAACCUUGGGACAGUUAUGUUAAAUCGGAGCUUACAGGUGGAACAUCAGCAGAGGUAUAGCCUGGAAAUCGUGGCUAAAGAUGAAGGAGAACCUUCGCAGAGCUCUACGCUGACCCUCACUGUCAAUGUGGACCGGACUGCUGCUGAAGACAGCCUGGCCUUUGAGACAUUAGUCUACCAGGUGGAGAUAGGAGAGGGCUACAGGAAGGAUUCAAGGGUGAUCCAGGUGAGGGCGCACCGGAGCCGGGGAGCCCACAUGUCCAACUCAGGCCUCACCUAUUCCUUGGAGGCAGAAGUUGGAUUUCCUCCUGCUCCGUUUCGGAUUCACCCAAAGACCGGAUGGUUGUAUCUCUCCCAGGGUCUCGACUACGAGACAGAAUCCAAGUUCUGUUUUCGGGUGUUGGCCACAGCCAAGGAGGCCUCGCUGGCCAACGUCACAGCUGCGGCCACAGUGACUGUGCUGGUGCUGGACAUCAAUGAUAACGCCCCGGUGUUCAGCAGUGAUGUCUACUACUUCACCGUGUCAGAGGGGUCGUCACCUCAAGGCCUGGUGGGGACAGUCAAGGCAAUGGAUAAAGAUUCAGGGAAAAACGCCCAGCUGUCCUACAUCCUGCUCUCAGAUGGGAAGUUUUUUCGCAUCAACGCUAAAACAGGUGAAAUUAUCAACUGGGUGGCACUGGAUCGGGAGCAGCACAGCCAGCACAGUCUGAAGGUGAUGGUGACAGACCAGGGCCACCCUCGUCUCAAUGCCACCGCCACGGUUCACAUCCUGGUCACCGACAUCAAUGACAACGCGCCACAGUUUACACACCUGCCUGCCAGCAAGGAGCUCAAUGUUCAGGCAUGGGCUGGGCUACCAGCAGGAUCCUUGGUGACAAACGUGUUUGCCAAAGAUUUGGAUGCAGGAGAAAAUGGAACAGUCACUUUCUCCCUGGUCGCAGAGGAGGCUGGUCUUGGACACUUUGAGAUUGACAGUGAAAGUGGAGACAUCCACACAACUGAGCUGUUUACUCACAACACUGAACCGUACUACACUCUGAAAGUAACUGCGAAGGACAGCGGAGCUACGCCUUUGGAGGACGCUGCAGUCGUUCAUGUACAGGUUCACGGAUUAGAGGCCCUGUAUGGCCGCUCUGACCACCAAACUGUGAGGCGUUUUACGGUGAAAGAGGACGCUGAGCCAGCGACUGUUGUCGGCUCUGCCAGCAUGGCAGAUAAAGGGAGAUUCCACUAUUCCAUCUCUGAGGGCGACGGGAGCAUUCACUUCGGCAUCGACGGCUCCUCUGGCGACAUAUACAUCAACCAGCCGCUGGACUACGAGUCUGCCAUGCAGUACUUCCUCACGGUUCGAGCUGAGGAUGUAGGACUCGCUCCUGGAGUGAACACGUCUGUGCUGGUCAGUGUGAUGGUGGAGGAUGUGAACGACCACACCCCCUGGUUCCCCGAUAAACUGGUCACAUUUGGUCUGUUGGAGGAUGCUGCAGUCGGGUCACUGGCGUUUGCUUUUCACGCCAGAGAUGCUGAUGGGACCUUUCAUAACAGUGCCCUCCGCUACUCGCUGACCUUUGACCCUAAACUCAGCACCUCUUCAUCACGCUUCCCCUUUCAGAUCAACCCUUACACAGGGAGCCUAACUGUAGCAGCACCUUUGGACCGGGAGACCACCCCCAGCUUUGCCUUCACUGUUACAGCCACCGACCAGGCAAAGAGGAGGGACGAGCGAAAACAGACGUCAGUGACCGCUCAGGUCUUCCUGCUGGAUGUGAAUGAUAACCGGCCGGUGUUUAUAUCAGCCGACGCAGUUCAAGUGAUGGAGGAUGCCGAGGUGGGAAGUCUGCUGCAUCAUUUUGUGGCCGUAGAUGGAGAUUUAGGGGAAAAUGGGGUCGUCUCUUACAUCAUCUUGGCCGGAAACAAGAAAGGAUUCUUCACACUAGAGGAAAAAACAGGCCUCUUGUUUCUGUCGGCCCCUCUGGACUAUGAGACGCAGCGUCUCCACCGUCUGACCAUCCGUGCGGUGGACCACGGCCUGCCCUCGCUCUCCUCCAUCCAGACUCUGACAGUGGAGGUGGGGGACGUGAACGACCAGUCGCCCGUCUUCAGUCAGAGCAUCUACAACGCCAGUGUGGCCGAGAACAGAGACCCCGGAGAACCAGUGAUCAGGGUCUCUGCCACUGAUAGGGAUUCAGAGGAAAAUGCUGUGGUGUGGUACAGUCUGCUGCCCGGCCCGGGCUACGAGCUCUUCAGCAUCAGCCCUUACACUGGGCUCAUCACCACCACCUCCUACCUGGACAGAGAGCAGCAGCAGCACUUUACCCUCAGAGUCCAGGCUCGUGACAGCAGUGCACGGCCUCUGUCAGGUACGGCCACAGUGCUGUGCUCUGUGCUGGACGACGAUGACAACCCCCCGGAGUUCAUGCAGUCAUCCUUCCAGAUCAGCCUCCCAGAAAACCUGCCUCCUGGGGUGGUCCACACUGCUCAAGCGUCUGAUCCAGACCACGGGGAAAAUGGAACAAUACAUUACUCCAUAUUAGGUGACGACUACAGAGGUCGCUUCACCAUCAACAGCCACACAGGUGUUGUCAGCACCACCCAGGUCCUUGACCGCGAGGAAAGGCAGAAUUACACACUCACCAUACAGGCCCGUGACUAUGGCCCCACCCCGCUAAGCUCCACCACCCAACUCCAGCUGGUGCUGCUGGACCAGAAUGAUAACAUCCCGUCCUUCACCCGCAAGAGCUACCACACCUCCAUCAGCGAGGGCCUACCUGCAGGAGCUGAAGUCCUGCAUGUCAGUGCCUUCGAUCCUGACGAGGGGUCCAACGGCGAGGUGACCUACUCUCUGACAGAGGACACCAGCCAGGGGGCCUUCUCAAUAGACACUCUGACGGGGUUGAUCCGCACCACCAGGAUUUUGGACAGAGAGAGCAGGUCUCAGUAUACCCUCAGAGCUGUGGCUACUGAUGGCUGCACUCAAGGACCACUGAGCUCUGUGGCAUUGGUUACCGUGCAGAUGGAGGAUGUGAACGACAAUGUGCCGGUCUGUGACCAGAACCCCAUCAAUGCAUGGGUCUCCAUGAGGACUCUACCAAACCAGAUAAUUACCACACUGACAGCAACGGACGGUGACCAGGGUGAGAAUGGGACUAUACAGUUUAUGUUGUCGGAUGAGGAAAAUCUGUUUGACAUCAACAGCGAAACGGGAGAAAUUUCACUGAGAAGACGUGUCAGAGCAGGCUUCUCCGGGAGGAAGCUGCAGGUUGUGGUUUCAGACCGAGGACGACCGGCUUUGACAUCCACCUGUCUGUUGUUUAUCAAUCUGAAGGGAGAACAUGAAGGACUACACUUCACAAACAAAGUGUACAACGCUACCAUCAAGGAGAACAGUAGAGCUGGCACUUGGAUUGCAAAAGUGGAGGCCAGUGACCAAACCAACAGCAGACAAAGGAUCACAUACACCAUAUUUAGUGGAAACGAGAAUCACAUUUUCUCCAUCAACCGUCACGCUGGUGAGAUCCGUGUCCAGAAAGAUAACUCUCUGGACUUUGAGGUGAGCCCUCAGAUCCAGCUGGUGGUGUUGGCUGACAACGGACUGCAGACAGCUCACUGCAGGGUCUCCAUCAGCCUGCUGGAUGUGAAUGACAAUGCACCAAGGUUUGAGCACAGCAACUACAGAACGGCCGUCUGGGAGGGGCAAACGCACAACACCUACAUUAUGCAGGUGUUUGCGACUGAUGCUGACAGCGGAUUGAACGGACAGACUGAGUACUCCAUUGUGUCUGGUAACCUUAAUGAAGCAUUCAUCUUAGACUCUGUUCGUGGGAUUCUUGCUACCAAUGUCUUACUGGACCGCGAGAUCACCCCCUCAUAUAAAUUGGUUCUGCAGGUAGUAGACAGGGGAAACCCUCCGCUCAGCAGCACCGCCACCAUCCGGGUCCAAGUGGUGGACGUCAAUGACAACAGCCCUGCCAUCCCUCUUAUGGAGCCUGUGGUUAUAGCUGAAAAUCUGCCAGCAGGUUACAUGGUCAUCCAGGUGACUGCAAAUGACGUAGACCUGAGCCCAAGCAUCACCUACAGCUUUUCAGACAACAGCAGCACCAAUUUUCCCUUCGCCAUUGACCGAUAUACUGGUGUGGUCACCCUAACUCGAGCUCUGGACUAUGAGGAACAGACAGAGUACACGCUGGUAGUCUCAGCGUCCGACUCCCUCCACCAGACCACCGGAGAGGUCAAAGUUCAAGUGCUUGACGUCAAUGACAACGCUCCAGUGUUCACCCAGGUCUCCUACCAGGUGGAGCUGUCAGAGUUGGUGCCAGCAGACACAUUCGUUUUGUCAGUGUCCGCUACUGACAGAGACUCUGGACUCAGUGGCAAGAUCACCUACAGACUGCUUUCAUCUCCUUUACAAGGGUUUUACAUCCAGCCAGACAACGGAUCUGUGUUCACCAAUAAGCCCUUGAAGGCCAUCACAAACAGCAACCUGAUUCAUCUUCUGGUUGAGGCCAGAGAUGAAGGUGAUCCUGUGCAGUCUACUGUUACCUCCAUAGAUGUGCUGGUUGAGGACACCAACGACCAUGCGCCUUUGUUCCACCAGGACAUCUACACACUCACCGUCCCAGAGGACACAUCCACAGACAUCACCUUAUUGACACUGUCAGCAGAGGACAAAGACUGGAGCCCUGAAAACACCCAUUUGGACUAUGCCAUAACCAGAGGAAAUGAGGAGAAGCGUUUCUGUCUCGAAGUAAAAAUGGUUCAGGUUGAGAAUCAAAUGAGAAAUGUUGGAAAACUUGUUCUGUGUAAGCCUUUAGACCGUGAGACCACAGAGAGCUAUGCACUAACAGUGAGUGUGUCUGAUCGGGGAACGCCUCCACUAAACAGCUCCGCUGUCAUUAUGGUGACUGUGACAGAUUGCAAUGACAAUGCCCCCGUCUUUUCCAGCACUGAAUACCAUGCACAGGUGAGUGAAAACAGCCAUGUAGGUACCCAGCUGGUACAAGUCACUGCUCAUGAUCCUGAUCUGGGAACCAAUGGCCUGUUGCGGUAUGACAUUAUCUCGGGGAACAGCAAAGGUCACUACAAGCUUGACCCUCAGUCUGGCCUUCUGGUGGUCAACCACUCACUUGACUAUGAGCAAGACUCCAAAUACAUUCUAACCAUCCGAGCAUCUGAUGGCGGUGAAUCAUCUGAAGACCGUAAAGUGGCUUUUGCGGUGGUCUUCAUCACAGUGUUGGAUGAAAAUGACAACACUCCAUACUUCAUGUUCCCGACUGUUAACUGUUCUGUGCUGGAGAACCUCCCAGCCUUUACCCACACCUGUUCCGUUCAUGCGGUUGACAAUGACUUAGGCCCCUACGGCCAACUCACCUACUCCAUUUUGUCCUCCUGCUUCAUGGACUAUGGUAGUGGCAGCCCCGAAAAGAAGGAGGCCUUUGCCAUCGAUCCCUUAACAGGCGACAUUCACACCAGACAGACCUUUGACUACGAACGUGAGAGCGAAUACUGCUUUGUAGUGGAGGCCAGGGACAAAGGCGACAAAGCAGCCACAGUGAGAGUGCAGGUGUCUAUCAAAGGAGUGGAUGAGUUUAGUCCUGUCUUCACUCAGAAACAGUACCAUUUUCUCCUGCCAAAAGAUGCCAAGCCUGGAGAGACCGUCGGUUAUGUCAUGGCAAUGGACCAUGAUGGAGGCGUGGAUGGACUAGUGGAGUACUCCCUUGUGAAUUCUUCACCGUUUUUUUCAGUAAACAAAACAGUUGGCGCAAUUUUUGUGUCAAAUCCUGUAUAUCGCAAAAGAGGAAGCCAUGCCAAUGAGGAUGUGGUGAAGUUAGUAGUGUCUGCUGGUAGUCCCAGAUUGGCCUCUAGAACCACCAACUGCCUAGUUUACAUCAAUAUCUCCAGCUCAGCAGAGGCUCUCUCCGGGGUUCCUCUAGAUGCACACAUGCUAAGUUUGAGUGCCUCACUAAUCAUGUUCCUCCUUGUCCUGCUCAUUUUUGUGUGCCUGGUUCUCAGAUACAAGAUCAAGGAAGCGGCAGUCAAAAAGGCUGCUGCCAUUGCUGCAAACCUGAACCAAGGUACAGGCUCAUUUGGUAGAUCCAGUGGCCAAAUUCAAAGUGGCAUCACUCUGCAGGAGAUGAAACUGCCCAGCAUCUUGGUGACCAAGAGGGACACAUCAAACCCAUACAAUCAGUCAGACUCAAGUGGCCGUGGCUCAGCAGAAGGUGAGACUGCUGAGGACCAAGAGAUCAAGUGGAUUAAUGAGUACCCCUCAUUGCCUCCUCAUGAAUCUGAGCAAGGCAAGGAGACCACAGAGAUCCCACAUUCUGCGGACAGUACCUCCUGCCACUCUAUCAGUGUAAGACUGGAGCACACUGUCAAUAAAUGUUUAGUCUCAGGGAUGGCCAGCACAGAAAGCCUCUACCAUUUCAAAGAAGAAGGAGGAGGUGAAGGACUACUUCCUGCAAUACACAGGGUGAGAGAUUUGGAGGAGAGCAUGAAGACCAAUGGAUAUGCUCCCCUCUCUGAAACCCAAGCCUCUGCAGAUUCUCUCUCUUCACUAGUGUGUCUAGAGGAGCAGAUGCAGGGCAGCUACAGCUGGGACUACAUUUUGGACUGGGAGCCACGCUUCCAGAAUCUGGCCUCUGUAUUCACUGAUAUUGGGAUGCUCCCUGAUGAGGAGCUUCAAGGUGGCCAUGAGGACUUAGCAGCAGAGGCAAGCUGUCUCAUGCAUCCACCGCCUCUUAUAACAGGAGUGGCCCAGCCUGGUAUUAGAACUGUACCUCCACGAAAGCCAGGACGUUUGCCAAGCCUAAGUAGGAAGUCAUCUUACCGCAAAUAUGUGUAUUCUCCUUUAGCAAGGAACACUGGACUUACCCCAUCAGCCAUGACGCCCAAUUUUUCCCCAUCACUGUCUUCUCUCACCAUUAGGACCCCCAGUGCUUCACCAGUUGUCUCUGAGACUGGGGUGGGGGGUAUCAGACUUGACUCAGGGCCCCUCACUGCAAGCCUGUUGGAGGCCGAAAUCCAGGUGUAGACAUGAACUUUGACCAAGAUGGUAUUGCCCUUAGUAUUUUAAAAAACUUAAGUGGCAGCUCAUAUACAUACAUAUAUAUUCUAAUAGCAGCAUAUCUGAUUUUUUUCAGCAAUAGAACAGUAAAGUUCUGGACUUAUUUCCAUUCUUGUCUCCAUUUUUAUGGUUUUAGACUCAUGUGUGCCAUGAGUUUAGUCUCAAAGGGGCAAUACCAGGCAAAGUUUUUCUUUGAACAUAAUGUAGUCAUUUAAUUACUUUAGAUUGAGGUUGAUUUCAUAACUGGCUUCUGUAAUAAAACUAAUAUCUGGAAAAGCCUGCACUCAGUCUUGCGUUAUAUUCUUAUAAUGCAGAACUUUGAACAGGAGCAGAUGUUCGAGUCAGCAAUUAAUUACUGAAUGUCUUAUUGUAAACAUUGUUUAUACGUGCAGAAAAUGAAACACAUUAUUAAUACAGUUAGUUGCAACUUCUAAAGGAAAAGUUGUCCAGGUUGGAUUAAGUUUAAUAACCAAAGAAAGGCAACACUGUUCUGUGGUUCAGUCCAUCUGGAAUCAUAAAAAGUGUUUUGAGCACAGACUCAUUUUUGCCUCCCCCUUCUUUAAUAUAUUCUGCCAUAAAAUCCCACGAUGAAGAGAAUUUAAUUUAUUCCUUCGAUCUCAGACAGUUCUUAAUAUCAAUACUACAUUGUCUCCUAAAGCUAGACGAGAGUCGAGGCUUAUGUCGACAUCAUCCAGAACUUUAAAAAAGAAAGUGAGGGAUUUUUCACUGACAAUAACUCCAUGUUCUGACUCUUUUGCUUUUUGUCUCAUGAACAGAAAUAGUCUCUUCCUUUCAGAUUUUUGUGUGUGUUGGCUGUAGAUUAUGAACACCGUGUUAAUGAACAGCACUUUAUGUACAAUUUCGAGAGAACUGUAUGUUGAUUGAGUGUAAAUGUUGAUAAAUUUGCAAACAAAUUUGGAAUAAAGUGAUUUUCUUCUGUAUUUUCAUGGAUUCUGCAUUUCAAAUGCAGGAUGAUGUUAUUGAUUGUAGUUCAGGUUGAUUAUUAGCUCAUAUUUGAAGAAAUUCAUUUCAAAUUCAUUCAGUA